UAAUCAAACAAGAGCAAGUUUUUACACGUUUAGAAAUUAAAAAAAUUAUGUAAAAAUGUAAACAAUUAAACAAUUAAAAUAGAUACAACAUCAGACUGUAAUCCUUGUAUCCAGUAUGACUCGAAAAUGGAAGAUAUUGGAAGACAAAAAGUGGGCUGAACCGCUAAUUGCUCAGUUUUGAUUAAAAUAACUUUUUAAACAAAGAAUAUUGUAGAUUAAACUGUCAAAAAAUCAAUUAUAACGAUAAAAAUAAAUAAAACUGGUUUGAUUAUUUAUAAAUAAACAUUUAAAGGUGAAACUAACAAUUGAGGACAGCAACAAUCAGGUAUAAAAGGAGAGUUUUUUGCAGUUGAGUUGUCAGUUUUUGUUCAACUCUACUCGGGAAAGGAUGGCGCAUCAGGAUCAAGUCCUCCACCUACAUCUUUAGUCUUGAAUGAGCUAUAUACAAAGGAUUGCUCAUUGCAAGGUUGUCUUUGUUGUUGUGAACAUCUUGAGAGUAUAAUUGCUUAUACUUAGAAAGAUAUUAAAGUUAAUUUGAUACUAUAAAAGUUGUGAUUUAAUGCUUUUAGCUUUAAAUACGUUGCGCGUAUUAUUUACCUGUCAGCUCGUACAAAUUGAAAAACAAAAUUCGUAUAUCAUUGUCUGAUUACACUUCCUGAUCACGCCAUCCUGAUACGUCACCUGAAUACGUCACCUGAUCUCGUUACCUGAUUUCGUUGAUAGUACCAGAAAAUACCGCAAGAUGGCAGUUGUCGUGAAAAAAACAAACACGAUCCUAAUACUUAUGCAAGCGGAAAGCGUUUAUGAUAGUCCUGAUUCUGAAGUCGAAAAUUACCUGGUAAAUAAUGUUGAAAUAAUUAAUCCAGCUGAUCCAGAUUCCUGUGGCACUUCUAAAGAUACAUUCAAUAAAUUACAUGCGCUGAAACGUCAAGAUUUAUUAACAAAAUACCAGAGCAGUUUUACUGACGAAAUACCAACGAAAAUCCCGCCGACGAAUUUCCGGGAUUUAUCCAGCCUCAAACAGGGAAGUUGCAUUGACGAAUCCUGUUUAAAUGACUGGGCCAAGCAUUUAAUCAACGUCUUCAGUCUGACAGAGAGCGUAUUAUACAUCCCAACGUACCUAUAUCGAUGCUUCUUUAAUAAUGUAAUGGAGAAUUUUGAGGCCGAAAAGUUAAUCCGGUACUUAGCGAACAAUAAGGCGCUUAAAAAGGAUUAUAUUUUGGUUGGAAUUCCAGCCACGCCCAUUGGCCGUCAUUGGACCCUCGGGGUAAUUAUGCUUAACUCUCAAAAGAUUACCCUACUUGAUCCCAUUGACGGCUCUCCCGGCAUCGAUAAUCGUCACUACAACUACUUAAUGCGGAUAACUUUGUUGGCGCACAAAUUGGCUGGUGUUGAAUUUUAUCCAGAUGAAUGGAAAUUGUUUUACCCUUUGAAUAUCCCAAGAACUACAAGUCAAGCAGAUGCUGGGAUUUAUGUUUGUUAUUUUAUCUACAAAAUAGCCUUCAGGAAUGCUCUAUCAAGUCUCCUAGAUACGACUGCCAGGGAUUUUCGUCGACGAAUCCAUUAUGUACUUUCGUCAGCCAAAGAAAUUUUGCCUCAGGGAGACUCUAAAAAAUAUCCCAGGGAAAAGCUUAGCCAGUACAUUCAAUAUCUUAGUCACAACUUUAGACAAUUAUUGCAGGUCCAAUCUUUUGAUGCAAUCGCCUUGAAUUCAACUCCUAACAUGGGAGUUAGAGAAUGUUCAGAUUCUUUUUGUACUCAACAAUUGAAUAAUCUUUCAGACUUUGAUCAGCUAAAGUGCGUCGGUUGUCGCAAAUAUCAUCACAUCAAGUGUUCUGGAGCAGAUCCUUCAACAGAUUACUUCUAUUGUUUUACCUGUUCUGCAUUGUCUCCAAUUUCAGAAUAAUUGCAUUUCUUUAUCAUGAAAAAUAUAUUCAACUCCCAAACAAUCAUGACCAGUUAUAUUUUCAUUUCUGAAUCUCCACCUAGAUAGAGAGAGAGAGAGAGAAUUCCAAUCAUGACAAAUUCAAAAAAAUACAGAAAAGCACCCAUGUUAUUCAUUAUUAUUAUGUUAGUACAAAAAGUUUUUUAUAUUGCAUUCAAUAGCAAUACAAGAAAAUAUUUAUUUCUUUGAAAAAACGAGUUGCCAUUACUUACAUGGUUUGACCAUUUCACUUGGACCAAUUAAUAAAAAUAAGUUUGCCAGAGUCCAAUUGUAAUCAUCAAAACUUGUAACCCAAAAAAAACAUUUCACUUUUUUAAUUUUACACUUAAUGUUAAACGAAAAAAAAAAAAUUUUUUGCUUUUAUAUAACGAGCAUUUUUAUAUGAAUCAUGCAAUACAUUGUAAUCAAAUUGUUUGAGUGAAAAUCAAUAAAUUUUUCUUGUCAAGUUGAUCCUUAACCGGAUCAACCCAAGAGA